AGGACCACCAGCAGAGGACACAUCUGCAACCUGAACUCAACUCACCUGAACCUCCAGCGGAGCCGGAGAGCCUGCAGAAAGAUCUCAAGUGAAGAUCCGAAUACGCUUUUAUUAUUCUGAACGAACAGACGUCCAACGCGGCAGCAUGUCGACGACAGCAAACUGCUCCAGAGUAACGGCUGUCUGUGUGAUGACGAUGAUGAUGAUGAUGAUGGCGACGGAGGCCAUGCCCAAAGCAGGAGGCCAGUCGAGGCACACGGCCAGGCCACACAGGAAGCUGGAGACCGUCCCCCUGCAGCUGGACCCCGGCGCCGUGGCUCCUCCCACACACACCCGGGCGCUGCAGAACGCCUCUCUGUCGCCGUGGACAUACAACGUCUCCCGGGACGACGCCCUGUUCCCCCCCCUGCUGUCCGAGGCGCGCUGCCUGCUGCGAGGCUGCCUGGACCCGGAGGGCCGCGAGGACCUGAGCCUGGAGUCCAGACCCAUCCUGCACCAGACGCUGGUCCUGCGCCGGGUCAAGGCCGAGGGGGCGGGGCACAGCUACCACUACCGGCUGGAGUCCCGCCUCCUCGCCGUGGGCUGCACCUGCGUCCGACCCGUCAUCCGGCACCAAGAGUGAUCGGGCCGCCAGAAAACUGGACAAAGUCGAUCGUGGAGCUGAAGAGUAAAACUAUUGGAUAUAUGUUCAUAUAAAUUAUGUUCUAUUUAAGAUUUCACUUAAUUUAAAA